AUGUCUUGGGACAGUGAAGCUAUUAAUGGUUCAAAUGUUAAUGCUGGUAAUGACGAUGCUUUAUUAAUGGGAUCUUGGGAUGAUGAACCAGUUAUGAAAUCUUGGGAUGCUCCAGAAGAAGUCAAGAAGGAAGAACCAAAACCUCAACUGGCCAAGAAGAAGGAUGGGAAGAAGAAUAACAACAAGACUGCCCCUGAACCAUCUAUCAGUAAAACAUUAAUGGAUUUAGAUACAUUGGAUGAAGCUACUCGUAAGGAAUUGUUGAAAAAGGCAGAAUUAGAAGCAGAUUUAAAUAAUGCUGCUGACUUAUUAGGCUCUCUUGGCAUUGCUGAGGAACACCCAAGAGAAAGAGCUGCUAGAAAACAAAGAGAGGAACAAGAAUUUUUAUUAUCUAAAAUCCCAGUUUUAACAAAGGAUACUCCAAUUGAAAACCACCCAUUAUUCCAAACUGCUGAAACUAAGAGUGACUAUCAGAAUUUAAGAAAGGCCUUAGCCACUGCUAUUGUUUCUAUGCACGAAAAAUCCUCAUUAAAUUAUUCUUCUAGUUUGGCAAUUGAUUUAAUAAGAGAUAUCUCAAAACCUAUGUCUAUAGAAUCUAUUAGACAAACUGUUGCCACAUUAAAUGUGUUGAUUAAGGAUAAGGAGAAACAAGAAAGACAGGCAAGGUUGGCUAGAGUUAAAGGUGGUACUGCAACUGGUGGUGCAGGUAAGAAGAAGGCAAAGGCAAAGACUAAUCUUGGUGGUGCAUUCAAGAAAGACCAAGAAUUUGAUUUUGACGAUGUCAAUUAUGACGAUUUUGGCGAUGAUGAUUUUAUGUAG